AUGGCCAAUCCGCACGCGAAACAGCCAUCAGCCCCCGCACAUCCAUCGUCCAGCUCGCCGCCCACUUCGCCACGACAGGCCAAUCUUCAGGCCGCUCCUGGUCAGCACGGUUACCCACCCGCACCUCAGUAUCACGAGCCGCCACCCGCUUAUAAUGCUGCCCACAACUACCCGACGGUGCCCAAUUAUCAACCACAGCAACAAUCGAGUCGCGCACAGGACAAGCCGCCGUAUCCGACACAACAGCCCUCCGCGUAUCCUGCACCCUCGUAUACCACUCAAAAUGCCCCGGUGCCGCAUCUGAUCUACAGUGGUGGUUACCAGCAUCAAAGCGGCGGCCCUCCUCCGCCCCCGGCUGGCCCGGGUCAACCGCCCGUCGUUGUUCAAGUCGUCGGGCAGGGACAGGGCGUCCUUCGGUGCGCCUACUGUCCCAACGGAGUGAUCGUGCGCGAGUCGGACACUUGUUGCGUGGUGCUGCUGAUCAUCCUGAUGUUGUGCACGUUCCCGUUCGGUCUGCUGUUCCUCCUCUGCAUCCCGUGUGCCGUCCACGAUCGCUGCCAUCAGUGCCACCGAAUCGGA